AUCAAGUUUGAAAGAUCAAUAUCCCUCAACCAUUAUCAUAUUGAAUGAAUGAUGGCAUCCGAAACUAUUAAAGAAAAAUUUGUGGAACUACAAAAAUCAAAGCAAAUACCCCAAAAUUCAAGACCGAAGAUACAAAGGGUGCUAAAGUCUCUCAGAAAUAGAAAAAACUUUGAGAAGCAUUACUCACCCAAGUGUGUGUCAAUAGGUCCUAUUCAUCAUCAUAACACAAAUCUGAUAUUAGCAGAGAAGUACAAACUUAUGUGGGCAGCAAAAUACAUAGAAAAUAACGGAUACAUUCCAGAGGAUCUACACAAAAAGAUUGCUGAUAACAUUGAUGAACUGAAGGGUCAUUUUGACGAUGAUGUUUUAACUUCAACCAGAUGGUCUCUUGCAGGCUUUCGUAGCCUUGAAGAAAAGUUGUCGUGGAUGUUGUUCGUGGAUGGAUGUUCUUUGCUGUAUAUCUUGGAGAAAGCGAAUCUUAAUGAACCAUGGCACAUGAAUAUUAAGGUUGAUCAACUGGUUCUUGUGAUGAUGGAUGUGCUUUUGUUGGAGAAUCAACUUCCUUAUCAAGUACUCAAGCUAUUGUGGAAGAUGAAGACGAGAGUGGCUUGAUAGAAAGCAUGAUGAAUUUCCUCGACUGUCAUCAU